CACAAUCCGUUGGGUGUGGCAACAAAAUCACGGCAGACGCCAGACAGCUCAUUACUGCCACCCUUAGACGGCACGACGCACGUCUUCAUUCGAUCACAAUGUCGCUCAACGAGAAACGAAUGUUUGACCGCGAAACGUUGCGAUCCGUCAUCCAGCAAUGGAACACGGUUCGGUUGGAUAUUUUUGCGUUGUCCGAGCCAAAUGAGAACCUCGAAUUCCACGGUGUGAUGCGAUUUUACUUCCAAGACGAGGGCCAAAAGGUAGCUACCAAAUGUAUCCGCGUCGCGUCCGACGCCACCGUUUCCGACGUUAUCGAAACGUUGAUAGAGAAGUUCCGCCCUGAUAUGCGCAUGCUGUCCCUGCCAAAUUACGCUUUGUACGUGGUCCAUGCGAACGGUGAAGAGCGAAAGUUGAAUCCUGAUGAGAAACCGUUGCUGGUUCAGCUCAACUGGCACAACGAUGACCGGGAGGGACGAUUUCUGCUGAAGAAUUGUGCGCAAAAGACAAACACUUUAGACAGUAUCACCGAUCAGCCAAGCUUCAAACGCAAACUCUCGAAAAGGGAGAAGAAAGAGCAAAAGAAAAAAGAAAAGCUAAACAAACUACAAUCAACCGGUGGCGCUGGGGGGCCAGAUUCGGAGAAUCAUGUCGCCGAGAAGCUGUACACCGAGCUACCGGAAACCUCAUUUACCCGAUCCAUCUCCAAUCCGGAAGCGGUGAUGCGACGGCGCCGGCAGCAAAAGCUGGAGAAAAAAUUGCAACAGUUCAGAUCAAGGGACGGCGGUCCGGAUACGGGCGGAACGCUGAAGAUCUACGGCGAAAGCCUAUGCCGGGACGUGCCGUACAAAACGUUGCUUCUCUCGAUACGCGAUUGUGCCCAGGCUGUUGUGCGAGAGAUGCUGGCGAAAUAUGGCAUGGAUAAAGUGGACCCACUUCACUACUGUCUCGUGCAGGUUAAUAGCGACGGUUCUGAGUACAUCCUUGAUGACGACGAGUGCCCUCUCUCGAUUUUAAUGAAUCACCCAACAUCUCGAGGUUCGAUCAUGUUUCACGUGCGUCGCCGACCGGCGGAUUCGCAGCCGCGAAGGCGAAAAAAGAAACCACUGGGCGUUUCCAAUGGUGGCAACAACAUCGGCGGCGACCGAGAAGGACCGAUGCUGAUCGAGAUCACGCACAGCGGCGAUGGUGGACGACGCGUGAAGUUGGGCAGUGAACCGAUCGAGGUCGGAUCGGCCAACACCAACGCCCUGCAGCUGUUUGGACCCUCAAUCCAGGCACGCCACUGUCUGAUAUCGAUGCACGAUGGUGUCUGCACCGUGACGCCCCUGCACGCUGAUGGCACGACAUUUGUCAACGGGCACCACAUCCAGCAGCCGACGAUACUGCAUAACGGUUCCGUGGUCAUGUUUGGCCGGGUCGCAUCGUACCGGUUUGUCGAUUCUCCUUCGGAUGGGCGAUACAACCUGGCGCUGUCCCAAUCCCAGUUGGACUCGGCCUGUUUGUACGAAAGCCGAUCGCCAACUUCACCAACGUCCUGGAACGACGAGGAAAGUCGCCCCAUUAGCCCAAUCAGCUCGGUACAGCUGGGCGCUAAGAUGCCACCUGCGAGCGCCACCGGUGGCAGCUUCCUUGACGGAACCAUCGCUUCCGGUAGUGCCGAGAGUGGACAAUCGCAGCCCCAAGGCGGCACGCUGUUCAACAAAUCUGCAUCGUACGACAUGCAGCCGGCUGCACCAGGCGCUCAGCAACCACACCAGACGCAUUCACAUAUGCACCAUCAUCAUCAUCAUCAUCAUCCGAGCGGUUUGCUCGUGACUGCACUCGAUGGACCGGAUGCGAUGGGAGCGGAUGAUACCGCCAGCUACAAGGGAGGCCAUCCCGACAAUCAUCAUGAUCACACGGACGGCGAGCAGCAUCUUGGUGGAGGUGCAGCUGCAGGAGGACCACUCGGAGCUGGCGGGAAUGGGGGCGAAACGGAAACGAAAUCUAUUUCCAGCUUUAAAUCCGUCGGAUCAACUACGGACAGGACGAGCACGUUUCCGAAGCUCCAACCGUCACAUGCCGCUACGUCGAUUUCGGGCGAACCCGGUGGCCAGGAACCGAUCCUGCCAGCCGUGCUGGAGUUCCCAGAGCAGAACCAGGAACCAUUUCUGCAGUCCGUCAUCAGCGAGCUGGACGUGAACUCGCCAAACUUCAAACUGGCCCCGGUCUACACGCUGUACCUGUGCGCUCGGUACCGCGCCUCGACGCACUACCGUCCCGAUCUGCAGCCAACCGAACGGGCCCACAAACUGACCGUGUUUCUGCACCACGUUGCCAACCUGAUCCAGAGCGUCGUCCAGGAGCAGUACACCGAUGCCAAAAUAUUGUCCUUCUGGAUGGCAAAUAGCUCCGAGUUUCUGCACUUUCUUAAAUCGGACCGCCACAUUUCGGCGUUUAGCGUGCAGGCCCAGGAGGUGCUGGCCGAGAGCGUCCAGACAGCGUUCCGCAAUCUGGUGUCGAUAUUUCACGUCGAGCUGUCGCAAACACUGAACCAGUUCCUGUCGGAGAACAUCGAUCACGACUCGGCGGCUGGCUUGGUGUUGUCCGUGCUUGGCUCGGCCAUGGCUUUGCUGCGCCGGUGUCGCGUUAAUGCUGCCCUUACCAUUCAGCUAUUCUCGCAGCUCUUUCACUACAUCAACGUCGUGUGCUUCAACAAGUUCGUCACUACUUCACACAUGUGCACCAGCGCAUGGGGAAAAGCCUUAAGUGAGCGUCUCUCGUUGCUAGAGCUGUGGGCUGAAAAGCAAGGACUCGAGCUGGCGGCCGAUUGCCACCUGGCGAAAAUAAACCAAUGCGCGCAGUUCCUGCAAGCACCGAAAACAUCCGUAUCCGACGUGCAACAGCUAGCGUGCUCGUGUUUCCGGCUAAACUCGCUGCAAAUGGCCGCUCUCCUGUCGCAGGAAACAAUUCCCCGGAACCUCAUCGAUACGGCCGUAAGAAUGGCCGAGUCGGUCGCCGAUGAGCUAAGCCGAGCCGAUGGUCGUGAAAUACGACUCGAGGAAUCUCCGGAAUUGCCACUGGCGCUGCUACUACCCGACGAUGGUUUCAGCUGCGACGUUGUUCGUGGCAUUCCCGCCGGCCUGGUGGACUUCCUGAAUCCGUUCCAAAUGGCGGGCUGGUGCCGAUUGGCAUCGCAACCGACCAGCAUCGGGCUGUGGACGGUGUACAUGCAUCAAUUCAAUCAGGGCCGAUCGCCAAGCGUCAUGUCGAGCAAGCUUCCGCAACCCGAGGUUCAAAUCAUCAAGCUCCACAAAAAUGCCAACGGAAUGGGGCUGUCCAUCGUGGCGGCCAAAGGUGCCGGACAGGAGCGGCUCGGUAUCUACAUCAAGUCGGUGGUCGGUGGUGGUGCGGCGGAUCUGGAUGGGCGGCUUCAGGCGGGUGACCAACUGCUGGAAGUCGAUGGCCAAAGCCUGAUCGGUAUUACGCAGGAACGCGCCGCGGAUCAUUUGGUGCGCACCGGGCCAGUAGUGACGCUGAAAGUAGCCAAGCAAGGUGCCAUCUAUCACGGUUUAGCAACCCUUCUCCAACAGCCAAGUCCCGUCAUCCAGCGAGGUGGUCGAAGAAUGUCCGAACGAGACAUGACACGCGUCGGUACCAGCAGUGGCGAUAUCAGCAAGCCACCAAUUCCGUCACCAUCCGCAGGACAGCAGCUGUUAAAUAGUAAAUCCGUUCCAGCACUGCACCACGUUGGCAAUAUUGGUUCUUCCGCUAAUAAAUCCCGUAGUAUUCAUAACCUUGCCGGUGGCGGUGUUGGAGGAGGAAGUGCAGGAGCAAUCGGGCCAUCGAUGAACAGUCAAGAUCAGGGAUUCUACCAGAAUCUAAGCGUGUACCGUGCCCAGAAUCAAAGCCAUCCAAAUCUUGGUGAACGACCUCCGAUGCCUCUCCAACCGUCGCUUAACUCACCAGGAGCGUCCGGCUCUGUGCAUCAUCAACAGCAGCAAAUGCUGCAGCAACAACACCAACACCAGCUCCAGCAGCACCAACAGCACCCAAUUCUAAACCGUCCAGCGUCUGCCUAUUUUAAUAGCAAUAAUAGCAGUAACAGUAGCAACCCAAAUAAUUUGCUACUGACAACACCAAACACCAUGUCUUACACGAUGCCUAAUCAGCAGCCUAAUAAUAGUAAUAAUAAUGGUAACGUAACGAACAUAUCGCAGCAGCAGCAGCAGCAAGGUAACAUGAACACGUUGAACAACCGACUGGCAUCGACGAUGGGCGGGAAGCAGCAACAAACAUUGCCACAGGGUGGUCCUGGCAACAACGGCAACGUGAACGGUUUUAUGCGCGAUGUCCAGGCGCAACAGAGCCUCCGUCUCAACCAAAUGAUGGCCCCUUCGAUGCCGAAUAUCGCCCAUUCGGUUGCCGGUGGUGUGUAUCCGAGUCCAGGCGGUAUAUCGGCCAGCCAGAGCAUGCAAAACGUCAACGUCAUACCCGGUGGUCCCGGCAGCCCAGCUGGAGGCUACAAUUAUCAUGGUAGCGCCAACGGUAGCCCUAUGCUCUCACCUCAAAUGUAUCCGCACGACGGUCAGCAACAGCUGACUGCACAGCAGCAUCAUUCCUCGUUGCUCCGCGGUCAAGCUAAGCUGGCCGAGAUGAAUGAACUCAUCAAACGGCGUCAGCAGCAACAGCAGCAACCGGUGGCCUACAACACCGCGAACGCAAACAAGCCUCCACAGCAGCAGCAGCAACAGCAAGGACAAAACUCCAUGAUGCCACCGACGACGGCACCAAAACCGUUGCGAGCGCAAGAUGAUCAGCCACCGUUGCCACCACCAUCGACUCAUCCGCUGUUCAAACCCGGCACUGGACCGAUGCAACCCAACAACGCGUACAGCAACGCCGAGCCACCUAAAGCGGGCUUUUAUCCCACGAUGCCGUCGCAAAGCAAAAAUCUACCCCAAAUCGGUAGCAGUCCAUGGGAACGCGAGGAAAAAGAGAAGGAAAGCGAACUGCGACGUGAGCACGUGCGUGCCUGGCGAGAUCAGCAGAUAGUAGAGCUGCAAUCGAUGCCACAACGCACGCCAAAGCAAGAGGAGCAGCUACGAACGCUGAUGCUCGAGCGUGAUUUCGAGCGUCGCGCGAUGGAAGACGACCAGGACUACGAUAAUGAUAUGCCACCGUACGGAUCGAAGGAACACGGCAGCGUGCAGGAAGUGGUCCGUCUUGUGCAGCCGAACUCCGGUUCAUUGUCGAAGUUGAAGCAGGUCGACAUGAAACCGCAGGCCGCCGAUACGCUGUCCAUUACAUCGAGCGAACAGUCGUCGAACGUAUCGUCCGUUUCAACGACGAUUGCCAACUUCCAGCAGCAGCAGCAGCAGCCAGCGGCAGGUGGCAACGGACCACCGUUGAUUCAACCCAAAAGCAUCCUCAAACACAACACAAACAGCAGCACACCAUCAUCACCUUCGAAGGGUGCCGCAAAAACGGCUAGCUUCGCGCACGACGGAGGCAAUCCCUCCGCACGGACGCAGCUUAACUUGAGUGAAAUUACGGCCAACAACACGAACGCGAAUCAGAUGAUGUCACAAAUGGUGCUUGAUAUGAACCAGCUGAACUUGUCCGCGACCGUGCCCGGCGGUAUGGGUCCGGCCGGCGUGAUGGGAGAAGACCGUGAAAACAGUGAGUACGGUCAUCCGAUGAACCACGAUCAGCAGCUGAUGAUGAAUGGUGUGGUGGGACCAAACGCCGCCGCGUACAUGGUUGAUGCGAAUAACGCCAAUGGUGGUGUACCACCGCCACCUCCACCGGAGCGCAACAGCUCGUACGUGAUCAUGUCUCAGCAGCAGCAGAAGCUGAGAACUAGCACCGGUCCUGCUAAGCUAUCCUACGGUGCGCCAAAUACCAACAGUCCCGCCCUAGAGCAACAGCAGCAACAGCAGCAGCAGUUGCAGCAGAAUAUCAUGAACAACAACGCCAACACGAUGGGGGUGCGUUAUAGCAACAACAAUCUGCUUAUGACGGCACCGAACAACAACCCAGCAUCGCCGGUUGUUGGCACGCCGACUGCUGGUAGUUCUGCUGCGAUGCUCAGCAACAAUUACAAGGACAAUAAGCGAGUUUCGUUCCAUGAUGAGGAUGCUGGCAACAACAACAACCCGUCGACACCGAUGAUGUCCGCCGGAACUGUCGGAUACACGCAAGCCGGCCACCUGAUAGGUGGCGCUAUUGGUAAUGAAACGAACGCCUCCGGCGAGCUGGGAACCAUCCUCGAGCGACCGGAUCCGGACCGUUUCAUCGAUGAAACAAUGCCGGCCAUGUUGCAUACUCCCACAACGCCCGAUGGGGAAAAUUGGAACAUGCAAAUCCAGGCCACUCCGGGUGUAAUUGGGGCACAGGAGGUGUACCGUGAUCCUCGCACACGACGGUUAGCGGAGCAGCAGCAGAAACAAAAGUCCGAAGCGGUACCGGAGAAACUUUCGUUCAAGGAGAAGAUGAAGAUGUUUGCGCUGGAAUCGGGAGAAAACAAUACCCCGAAGGAUAAGCUUAAGAUUUCUCGCGCCCAAAGGGACAUCGAUGCUGUUCACUAGCGAUUGAAGUGUUUUUGAGCAUUUAUUUACGUCUGGAUCCGGUGUCCGGGUUGCAUUUCUACGCUCCUGGAAAUUUGUUAAUAUCCUAUCCAGCAGUACGUCACUGUAGGACGUACCGCUGGGGGAAGUUAUGUAGCUAAAUGAAGUGAAGCGAUUCCCUUGUUUAGCAUCUUCGCUGGUUUAUUACGUUGGGAGUGUUUCCGUCGGAUCGAAGUAGCAGGUAGAAUGUAUUCGAAAGGUAUUAUGGGUUUAAUCGUAGAUAGAUAAAAUCUUCUAUAUCGUGUGGAACAAACA